UCUCGACGAUGGUUUGGAAAGCCAUUCUACGAUAAUAGAUAGAUCCGCCAUGUUUGUCUUUUCUACGUAUUUUCAACAGCAAUUUGUGGCGAAUUUAAACGUUGUUCCGCGCCUUUAAUAGAUGUACUUCAAACAUUAAAAUACUUUAAUUACUAUACCAGGAUUGAAAUUGGAGUGGCGUUUCAGAUAUAUUGGGAUAUUUGUGUAAAACCCAUGUAAGAUCUAAAUUGCAAAUGGAGUCUCCUUGCAAGCGAGAUUCGCUGAUCACGUGGGGUUAUAAUUUGGGAUACUUUGUGAUUAUUCAGAGAGAGGCAUCUUCCUUCUGAGUUGAUAAAUAGCUAUUAAAAUGUGAAGAGAGUGCAUAGAUAGAUCCAGAUAUAGAAACAGAACUGUCAAGGAUCAGACUGUGAUAUUUUGUGGUGUUUCAAGUGAAUUCGAUAAACAGAAAAUGACACAAUAACAAGUCACAUGGCGCAAGGGUCUCUUGCGGUCUAGAAGAGAGAAGAGGCGUCUUUGGCGUCGUUAGAACUUAUCAUUUGUGUCGUGCAUCGUAGAAAUGAAAAGUAAUCAAGGACUUGAUUGUGUUGUUUUGAAUCGCUAGAGUGCAUGUCGACCCCAUUUUCUCUCAGGAUAUGUUGCAUUGCAGCUAUGGCUCCCGCGCUUACGGAUGCGGCCAGUCAAGCGAAAAUUAAAUUGCCAGGUGCCCCAAUUUCGCCCUCGAAAACGUCAAUACUAAAUGGCAGGGACCCUAAUGACCAACCUACAAAGAAAGGUGAAGUUUGUAAUGUGUUUAAUCCAGUAUUGUUGGGAUCCAAAACAGUAAUUAAAAUACCUAGCACGUUGCAUCAUUUGACUGAGAGUUUAAAGUUAGGGGUCAAGACAUCAAGUCGUGUUAAAACUAAAAGUAAAUCAAAUUCUAAAAAUAAAACAGUUAACCCAGAGAAUAUUCCUGUUAAUGAAAAGGGCUUAUGCAAACAGCAAAAACCUUCCACGUUUCAACAAGAAUUUCUUAAAUCCAUAAACAUUUUUGAUAGAAUGAAUCAACCAGUUCCGGUUAAUGGAAAUCAGCAUUCAGAAAAAGUUACAGAAUCAUGCUCUCUGCCCCCAGUAAUACAGAAUGAUGUCAAACCAAUUCUUGUUAAUGGCAAGACAAAGUUAAAGAAUAAAGAUUUACAUAAUAAAGAAUAUGAAGACGACCUGAAAAAUAAUGUACCUGAGUUUGUCAGUAUGGGAAAUAGAAAUAAUUUAGCUAAUGAUGGUGAAAUUGUAAAUAAUUCAGAUACUGUCACUGAAAAAGAGGACACUGAUUCCGGAACCAUGGUUCCUGAAAUGAAACCACUGUCAUCAUUGGAUUUGGAUAAUAAACAAAGUGAUAUUACAAUUUUAAGUUCAGGUGCAGUGAUUGUUAAUGACGCAGAAAUUAAUAAAAUUAUAACUGUUGCACAGGAAAUGCCAAAGACAAUGCCCCAGGUAUCAAAAGCAGAGAAGCUGAGAGCAGUCAUUGAGGCAUCUAGUGAAAUGGAUCUUCGACUGGAAGCGUCUAAUACACAAGCUCAAUUAGAAAGACGUAUGGAUUUUUAUUUAAGGCGUGUGCGACGACUACAAGGUAGAGAACUGGAACAGCAUGUUCGAAACCAGAUCACACUAUGCGUAGAACAUCAACAGAAAAAUUUGCAGACUGUGACAAGAGCUGUCAGUUCUCACCACAGUUAUGGCUUAAAUGCCAAAAGUGAAUUAAAUACAAACGUUCUGAAUAAAAGCUUGUCAACAGCUGCUCUUGUUAACUUGGUUCAGCAAGCUCAAAAACAAGCAUCACAAAACUCAACAUCAGAAAUUAGUGCUAAAAGACAGGAAACCACAAAUGUGUUGAAUAUGGACCGAAAAACGCGACGUGAAUGUCAGAAAGUUUCUGAUCAAUUUUUGAUGAAUGUUCAUCAUGCAGAAACAGUUAUAGAUUCUGAUGCAACAGAAAGUAGUUCCGGUGGUGAAAGCUGCGAUGAAGGCGACCCCAUUCCAGUUAAUUAUCGUAAACUUCAUAGACCAUUAUACAAAAGGGCUGAAUGGAAAUGGUGUGUUGAACGAGCAGCUGUAGCAUCAAGAUGGACAUGGUUGCAAGCUCAAGUGUCUGAUCUAGAAUAUCGUAUUCGACAACAAAGUGAUAUUUAUAAACAGAUUCGUCAAAGUAAAGGCAGUAUAGUGCUUGGAGACCCGCCUUCUCCACCAAAUUUUAUGACCAGGCCAAAUCCUGGUGGACAGAAAGUUUCUCUAGCUAGUCGUGAUAAAAAAACUGAAAUGUCUCCAUGUAAUAUAUCAAACUUACUGUCCAAUGUGGACAAACAAGCAAAUCGUUUAACUCUUUCUUUAGGUAAUGUUUUAUCACCAGCACCUAGUCCUGUAUUGGGUGCUAAAUCAUGUGCUUCUUCUCCUGCUAGUUCUGUAAACGGUCUAAUAGAAUCUCCGCUUGUGGCACAGGGAUUAGAUUCUGAAGAUAAAGAUAUACUCAUGUCUGUGGAAGAUGGUACCGGUAUCCAGAAUAUAAACAAAUCUCCUGUCACAGAUACAUCUUGCCAAGCGGCCAGGUGUCGUCCAUUACGUAGUUAUAGAAAAAGAAAGUUACUCAGGACUAGAGGUCUGCAUCAAAGCAGUCGUAAAGCCGCACGUCUUUCUACAGUAGACUGUCACUGUUAUCCACCUGUCACGCCUUGUCCAAUGUGCGGGGGUCGUUAUAAUAAUAAGCAGCCAGUGGAUGCAGAUUCUAUGCCAAUACGUGAACGUGUGUCGCUGUUGGAUUCUUCAUUUCAUCCUGUUCUUUCAUUUUCACAUGAUAUCCCUCUUCAUCUCCAUUUUGAAUCUUUGAUAAAAACUGGUAAUUGGAUGACCAAACCUAAUAAAACUAAUGUAAAUAAGAAUAAGAAAAGGAAAUACAAGACUCGUAUCAUCAGUGACCAAAAGAGGAAAUUAAGUAAAAAUGCAGCAGCAGCAAUUCUCCAGUCAGCUAAAAUUCGAAAUAAAUAUGAAAAUAAAGCUAUAAAAAGGGGACAUAACUCUGUGUGGAACUCAAAAGCAAACAAAAAGAGUAUGAAAGUUGAGAAUAAACGUAGAAAAGCGGCUAAGCUGGCUGUGGCUGCAUUGAAGAGACAGGCUCAGUAUUUUUCAUCCGAUUCCAAUUUGGCUAAUUCCAUAUCCGGAGAAGGUAAUCUUUCUUCAAGCUGUUCAGCUUCUUUGCUGAAGGAAAUGAGAGCGGAAUCACUGAGGAAGAAGAGAGGUGAAAAUGCUUAUGACAUCAAUAACAUUGUCAUUCCUUACAGCAUAGCAGCUGCCACAAGAGUAGAAAAAUUGCAAUACAAAGAGAUAGCAACACCCGAAUGGCGGGAUGUUAGUCAAGAAACUUCCUUGGAAGCAGAUCAAUCAAGUUCGGACAUUGAGGAUAUCUCUGAUACAUCAUUUUCUAUUCGACAUCAGAAGUGUGAAGCUGAAGAGAAAAAACGGUUUGCUAGUUUCAUUCAGUAUCCUAUGCGAAGACGUAUCAGAACAGAUUUAGGAAUCUCUACAUCAGACCCAGCCUCCCCAGAUCCACUAGGAACAGAAACAUUCACUCACACAUCUCAGGAACAUCGACCAUCUUCGCCACUCUCGGCAUUUGGUGAUGAAAGUGUAGGAAGUGUUCACAUUCAAAGGAGGAGUAGUUCAAUUUCUAAACGGUUUAGUGUAAGUUCUAGUUUUGAUGAUCCACUGGAGUAUGAAAGGGAAAAGGUUGAUCCUUGGUCUCCUAGAACGUUCCCAUUAUCAGAAGCAGACUAUGAAGAAAUGAAGUCAGUUGAACCUCAUGUUUAUGAGACAUUACCGGUCAUUUCACCUGUUCAACCCACUGUUAAUGCUGAUGUUAUUACUGACUCAUCAAGCCGAACAGAAAGUACACCUGGAAGCAGUCGACCAACAUCUCCAAUACAGAGUAGUUGUUCUAAUUCUGUGAUGGAUGACGAUGAUCCAAAUGAUCCAGAAUGGACAGGUGACAAAUCUCCUGGUAAGGAGGAUUGAGAAAGAAAGGUGAUGAAUGUUUGAAGCUGACUAAAAUUCAAGAUGGAUGAUUACUAUGAAGUAAUCAGGAUGGGUUGGUUGACAGAGGUAAUGGAAGCAGAGUUAUCCCACCGUGGGAUUUCAGGCUGAAAUAGGUGUGCUUUUUCGUGUAUCAUCAUAUUUAGCUGUGGUUUUGUGUAUGCAUCACAAGUUAUACUGAUCAUUUGCACCAGAGAAAGGUCGUGAGAAUAAAUUACAACAAAAAGUGUGUUCACAGCUGUUCUAGUGAACAGUAUAAAAUAGAAUCGAGUGCCAUUUGUAACAAAUAUAAUAUACAAUUGUUCAUAACUUAACAAUUGAGUGUCUUGCAAAGAUAAAUGACAAUUCUACGAAGUUAUUGUAAUAUAGUAUGUGUGAGUACAGGAUAGAAAGACAACAAUUAUUAAUGGGCAGGGGGUGGAUAAAUUUUGUUUGAAUGUGAAACUUGGGGAUAGAGUAAAUAUAUAUAUAUAUACAUGUAUACACAUGUUUGGACAUCUCUACUGUACAAUAGAAGAAAUCAUGUCAAGAUAUAAACUCUCAUCAAAUGGUAUGAAACAUUUGACUGUUCUUUGUAACAUAUUUUGAAAAUGUUGUGUUUUUAUUUUGAUUUUGUAGAUUUGUUUGUUAAUUUUGUGUAUUAUGGUUGCUAUUGUAGAUAGCAGAGUAUAUAUUGUGCAUUUCUCUACCAGCAUUUCAUUCCCGUAACAGUUACACUACCAAUUAAAUUUGUGUUUGUCUUGGAUAAUAUUAGAAAUUCAAAAAUGUUUACAAGAAAUUUGAAAUCCAUGAUCAAUUUUCUAACAGAUUAUUUUUUUGUAGAAUAUCUCUUAUCAUGAGGCAUUUAUGUUUGAAUUUUAUAUAUUAUUCUUCAAAAUGAGAUAUUAACUCUAGAUUAACUCUACUUCAUUUUUACUGGUUAUCUUUAUUUUUAUAUUUUGAAUAUUCAUGAUUAGUGAUUAUCUUAUUCCUAAAUUACAUGUUCAUUUUCUUUAGUAGCUUCUCCAUUGUAAUUUAAACUGACAGCCAGAUAUAAGAAGACAAAACUAAUAAUCUAUUGGUGCAUUUAUACAUGUACAUUGUAAAUUUAUCGACCACAAGUGCUGAAAUUAAUAUCCAUAUAUACUGAAAUACAUUCUUUGUUUUUGAAUGACAUUGUGUUGUGAAUAUAUUUGAUAUUUGACAUCCGAAAUAUAAAUCAUUACUGUUUAAAAGUAUCUAAAAAAUCAAACUUAUCAGCUUAGAAGUUCUCAAAAUUAACAGUACUGCUGGAUUGACUAUAGAUGACUCAAAAUUCCAAACUUUUAAUAUUAAAUAUCCCUGAGAAAAAACUAGGUCUACAGUGAUAAAGAAUUUGAACCUGGAUACAUGUAUGUACAUUUAGUUAAUAAUUGUAAAUGAUUUCCGAUUACCAUAUUGUAGUGUAUCGAGAAAUCAGGUUUGUAUUGUAUGAUUCUCCAUGUUUCAAUAUAGUGUUGCAGACUCUCAGGGACCGUACAAUAGAAAUACAUUAAUAUUUUCUUAAAAUUUUGUCAUUUCUCAAAAAAUUAUCAUAAAAUGGAAAAAUUUAACAAAUAUAAAUUUCACUGUUUCUCAUAAAAUGAAACAAAUUUUUUUUCAAAAUAUAAAAUUAACCAUAAACGCUACUCCCAAUAAUCAAUUUCUAUACUAAUAAACCCAGUUUUGAAUAACAAAAUCAGCCAGGCAUUUUAUGAACCCAAGCUUGCUCUCUUUCAUUUUCUAUUUGACAGUUAAACCCCAUUUCAUUUCAUUUUCUAUUUGACAGUGUGAACAUACUGUAUGUACAUGUAUGACCUCCAGGCUAGCAAUCCAGCAUCUUACCCACCAUAGGUAUAUGAACAUAGGAGAAAACGACUGUGCUACUGGUGUGACGUUCUUAUCCACAUAACACUGGCUGAACACCACUUCAUGGACCGGAAUUAAGUUAUUUACUGUCAUUACAGUUGUAUAAAAAAAAGUCAUAAUAUUUGAUAAUGAUAAAAACAUAAAAAGUCAUGAAAUGUGAUAAAAACAUUAUGAAGAUAUAAAAUUUGAUAAAAAAACCCAUAAAAUUCCAUGAAAAAAAUUCAUAAAAAUGUAAAUUUAUGACAAAAAUCUGUGUACGGUCCCUGGAGUCGGGAAUAACUGAUUCAAACUAAUACACAUGUAAACUUGAUAUACAGUGGAAUCUGUCGCUUCCGACAUCGUACGGGAUCGUUAAAAUAUGCUUGAUUACACAUGACGGAAUACUCAAUACCGAAAGUAUUAUUGUACCUUCGAAUACCAUUAGUAUAAUCUUCGGUUGUAUUAUUUGGUGGCAAAAAUUUGAUAUUUACGUUGCUAUAGCGCUCGCAUUUUUAUCACAUAAUGAUUGGUCGGGUAAUUCUCUGAAAACCAAACCAGUUUCAUCACAAUUAAAAAUGAUUUUUUCAGGAGAAUACCCUUCAAUAAUAUGCAGAGUUCUUCAAUGGCACCCUAGAUUCGUAGAAUGUUUAAAGGCUUUGAUGUUGAAACCACUCUUCAUUCCGUUAAUAUCAAGGUAAUCAACAAAGACCGACACGAGUAUUAAUCUCACCGAUAAUUGAUUGGUGAUUGCUUGUCAAUCUUUUGUAUUUGAACACCGAUGGAUUGAAGUCCAGAUUAUACAAUGUUAAUUCAAUGCAAAUCGUGUUACGGGACCGCUGAUUGAUGUCGUAAUUCGUAAUAUUCAGAAUACACAAAACUGUUUUGGUUGAAGUAAUAAGGAAAUAAAUCGAGACAUGGAAAUGAUGACGGAUUUCACAGAAUGCCGUAGUAUUCAGAAGCCGGAUGUCAGAGUCCACUGUACAUGUAUUGACAGUUGACACACUUGAUACCAAACCAGUGUAUUGCAUUUGUAAUUCGGACUGCCAGAAUCUAUUAAAGCCCCAAUAUGCAAGUUAAGUCAAAAAUAUGUACUAGUAAAGGCUAUUUUUAUUAUGUAAUUAAUCUGAGUACAGUAUAAAAAAUCUUCAUAAGGAAUGGUUUUGCAUGUAUGAAAAAGACAGCAGAAUUAUUAUAUGUAAAAGCAACAGAAACCAGUGUUAAGUUUACAUAGCCAGAAAAAUUUAGAAUUUAUUGUUUUGAAAACUUUGGACAAAAAUGUGUUGGUUUUUUUUUUUAAAAAUACUACUUUUCAUUGUGCAGGGUCUCAAACUCUAAAUUUAACAUUUAUUCCGGCAUGUUGGGGCUUUAAAAUGAUUUUUUUUUUUUAUUCAUUUCAUAUUAUUUCUGUUAAUGGUUCGUAAAUUUUAAUUUCUGCUCAAUUCAGUCAGGAAUGAAGUUACUUAAGUCAAAGCAGAACAACAAGUUUAUAUUGGGAUUUGACAAAAGAAAACAUUUUGAUGUUUUUUGUUCUUGAAAUUAAGUUUUUGAUAAAAUACAUUCCAACGGCAUGUCAGUUCUUGAUUUAUUGCUUCCUCUUUUGUAGUUACUUUUUUUAAUGUAGAAAUAUAGUGCAGCACAAAUCUAUCUGGUUUCAACAUAAGUUGAUAUUCCUGUUUCUGUGACAAACAUAAGAUUAAUUACGUGAAAUGAACUCUUGUCUGAAAAGCUUUUCUAUAACUUCAAGUUUAACAUUGAAUUUAUUAUAGCUUUUAUUAUUUGCAUCCAUAUUUCUUUGUACUCUUCUUUGAAAACUGUUAAAAUAAUGAAAACAUAAUCUCUAAAACUUGAAGCUUUUUUUGUCUGUUAACUUUGCAGAUUAUGUAGUGCAUAGUGCAAUUGUUAAAAUUAUAAAAAAAAUAUAAAUAAAUCUAAAUGAAG